CAUUUAAAAAUGAUACAUAUGAAUGCUUGUAUACUCUAGAAUCUCGCACGAUGAUUGUACAAUUCCCAAAGUCGCGUUAGCGCUCGCAUAUCGAGGCAGGAGGAAGGAUAAUCGGAAAAAAUCUCUGACGGAGAAGCGCGUUUGAGCCGCCUAAGGUGAGAUUCGCUCUUGCGUUCCUCACCGGCGGCGCCAGGUGAGUCUACGAAAGGUGUGCACGAAGGUGCGAGCGAGCAAACGGAUACAAGAGCGAAGAGGAAGGAACGAAGGAGCGUACGGUGUGCGCGUAAAAUAGCCGCAUUGAAUUGCACCGUAUCAACAGGUAGAUCGGCGGCUCGGUAUGCGUGGGACGACGUCGUAGACGACGCGACGUAGCGUUGAGGAUUCGUCGCGGGAUUUCUCGCGGAAGAUGCGAUGCGCGAGCCAGCGUCGCAAGGAAACCGCACGACGACGACGACGACGGCGACGAGUUUUAAAGGAUCAGUCAAUCGACAGAAGAUCGGCAGAGGAGAGGAUCGACGCUCCGGGUGGAAACGCGCGUUCUCUAAACGUGUUGCUCCGUGGUGGACGCGCACGGGCGGAUUCCGCGCAUACCAAAGCCGCUGAUCCAGCUUCCCCGCGAGCGGCGCAGCCGCAGCGCGGCGGCGGGCGUCCGGAUCGGGAGGAGAGUGAUUUUUCUGAUCGUCGCUCUCGUCAAUGACACGCGCGGAAUGCGCUGAGCGAGCGCGCGAUUCCACGCGCCGACAUUGUUGCGCGUACGUUGUUCCCGUAAAGCGCUGGCCUUUAAAAAUCCGUCAGAACGCUUCCUGAUAGAGGAGAGACCAUGAUUGAUUGAUGAAAAUAAAAUAAAUUAUUGUUAAAUAUUCCAAAUGGGUAAUAAAAGCCCAUUAUGGCCCAGUGUCAUCAACCACAACAUCAGCAUGAAUUUUUGCCUCUGUGUGAUGUACUGUUUAAUAUUAUUUCAUUAGCAUCUUAUUUCUGCGAUGUUGUCUUCGACUUUGCAAUGGUAUAUGCCCUUGCCCAUCAAACAAUAGCACCACCUGUGUUGUUUCCACUGAGUAUUACGUUUAUAGCUACUUCUCUCUUGAUUUCUCAAAUUGUUAGUUUGCGAUGGUAUCUCUGGGGAGCUAGGGGCAAAUUAACAAAUAACAAUGCAUCAAGUGAUUACCAUGCAAAUUCAACAAAUAAGAUUGGCAAUUGGACUAUAGGCUGUGUUCUAUUACUCCAUUCUACUCAAGUCGGUGUACUAUGGAGAUAUUUCAAGUUAUUUAUACCGGUCAAUUUAACUUAUGUGAAGCACGAGGUGCGGGAGCUGUGUGUACUAAGGUUGAUACACGCGUUCUGUGAGGCCGCUCCAAUGUUACUUCUGCAACUGUACGUCUUCUUCGGCGCUACCAACGAUGAUGAAACAGAAGUUGGGAAACCAAAGGGAAGCGAGAGCAAGGACGACAGUAAAUUAGCGAAGCUAACAUUAGUGUCGGCGGGACUAUCCUUAUGGAGCGUGUGCUGGGCAGUGGCCAGCUUUAGCAAGGGUGCCGCGCGACUACGUAAUCUGGAACGUUUAGUGCUAACAUGGUUGGGAGUUCUGGCGCAAUUAUUCUGGCGUCUGAGUACAGUGAGCGCUCGUGUCGGAGUACUAGUCACGUACGCCUCGCUGUACGGCGGACAAUGGUUGUUAAUCGUGAUGGCCCUGCACUGGUUAACAAUGUUGACCUGGUUACUGCUCACGCCAGACGGACUCUUCCAUGGUGGCGAACGUCUUCCCCUUCUUAGAAAGACUUUCCUCGCUUCUCUCCUCGCUUUUGUAUAUAUAUUCGCAUAUGUUAAUCUACACGAGACGAAUCAUCGUCAAAAAAUGGUGAUAUUUUAUACUGUAAUGUUCUUGGAGAAUAGUUUACUCAUUGGCGUAUGGAUGGUCGGUGUUAAUCGCGCUGAUCUUUUAACUCGCCAACAUCAUCUACAACCAGUUACUUUAGUACUUGUUCUUCUAGUUUUAUUUUUGGGCGGCAUAUUUUUCAUGGGUCUUUAUUAUAGGUUUUUUCACGUGAGAAGGUUGAGGUACGAGUCUGGUGGAAGGAUGACUGGUUCGAAUCUCACUACGCUGUCCAAUCAGGACAAUGUGGAAGGGAAGCAUAUAGAUUAUAAUGAGGACAAAAAGGUCAACAUUAAUAUCAGCAUGAGAAAAGUCAAAUUAAGCAAUGGCGGUAUACCAGGUGUCUUUAACUGCCGUUUCGCGAACCCAACGGCUGUAAAUCCGAAUCGCAAAAAGAAGAAACCGACCACUUUUGUGCCGCCGCCACCGCCGCAAUCGCAAACAGGCACAGUAAUGAAUUCCAUAACGACGGUGGCAGAUUCGAAACAGUGGCUUAACGUGGCUAAUGGAUCGCGGCAGUUAAUUCCGUUCUGGAAAAAGCCUAUAUCUUCCAACAUCAUACAGAACGAGAAUUCCAAUGAACGUAAAGAUGAGACUGAUAUGUCACUCGGUGGUUCGUUAAAUGUCACGUUAAUACGGGAAAAACUAAAGGAAAAGCAACAGCAGCUACGCGAAUUGCGAGCCAUACAGGAGGAGAUCAAGGAAGGUAAAUUAUUUCCACCUCCAUCUGCUUCUACAUCCUCUUUCUCAUCCUCUCCUUCCGCGUCUAAUCAGCAACCGCCACCGAACACGAAACUGCAUACAUCCCCGAGUUCUCCAUUAUUUACGUCUCCACCAUCAUUUUCCGAACAAAAUGGUACAUUGUCAUCUUGGCCAUCUGUUAAAAUGCACUAUCUUUUACCUCCGCCACCUUCUUCUUCGUACUAUCCUAAUCCGCAUUCCUCGAAUUCAUGGAGAGCAGUGCCUCAACGAGAACGAGCAGAUACACCGGAGAUAUUACUAGCACCGCGAUGUCUUCCACAUCACUAUUCUCAUUGGUCUCCAUCUGGACAUCUUAGUCAUAGAUUACACGCAAAUCAAAACGGUACCGAAGAAAGUCCCAAGGGCGAGGGUGAAGGAGAGGCGGAGGUUAGCGAUAUGGAGGGUAGCCAAGUCUCGUUACCUAGAAGUUACACACUUCCUCGUGAAUUUAAAUAUAAUCAUCCCAACAGCGUCGCGAGAGAACGAGAGCGUCGCUCGGGAAAUAAUAAAUUGCCACCUUCGCGCUUUUAUUUACCGUCUACUAAUAGUUCUGACGGCGAUGUAGAUAGUGCAGAUAACGAAGACGAGACAGAUUCUGAAGCGCAAAUCCAAACAAAGACCAAUCACAGUCAUAAUCACAGCAAAGCUUUGCAAAGGUGUCAUCUAUAUGAAAAUAAUGAGAAUGACGACGUUGCGGAUCCUAGUCUGGAAUGCGACGCGUCUAAUGUUACGUCCAACAAUUGUUAUUCAAAUAAUUCCCAUAGUGUCUUUAGACCGAGUCAAUUACUCAGAACACGAGUGAAACAUGAAACAAAACUUUAAGUUAUAUUAUAAUGUAUAAUUGUAAAUUUUGUCAUGACAUGCACAUUCAGUGAUUGCAAAUCUUUUUAAAAGUAAUUCUUUCCUAUUAAAUAUUAACAAUAUAAAACUGUUAAUUCCGCGAAAUAAUGGUAUAUUUAAUUGUACAGAAUAUAUAAUGCACAUAUCAAUACAGAUGCACAAGAAUAUAUUUAAAGAGAUGUUCUUUGUCACAGAAUAUUAAUGUGCAUUACUUGCAAUAUGAUAUAAUUUAAUUUAAUAUUGUUAUUCUAUUGUGAUGUUUUGCAUAAAAUUGUACAAGUGCGGCAUCACGAUAUAAAUCUAAUAUUUUUAAAUACAUUUUAGAAAAGAACAAAUAGUGAACGAGUAAUAAGUGCCUUAUUAUGAAAAUUAACAUAUAUUAACAUAUAUGUAUAUGACGAAUGUUUUAUAUAACAUAUAAAGUUACCUGAAUAUACUUACAAGAAAUCGUACACUCUUUAUUCAUAUACGUAUAAAAAGACAAUAAAUUAAUAAUAUCGAGUUUAAGGUAUUACACUA